UUCUCUUCUCAAGAUAAUAGACCGCUGGAAUUGUCUCUUGCGGUACUACAUCGCGAGAUGUGCUUACCAGUGCUGCGCCUCCUGGUACUCCUGUAUGCUAUCCUGUAAGGAACUACAGCAAAUCUCGAAAAAGAAAUGCAUCGUUGCAUGAAAAGGAACAAUGCAAGCCUACAGAUUACACCCAUGAAAAUAAUUUACCAUCGAAAAAUGAACAAGUUAUCUCUGACACCGUCCACUCACAAACAAGACAAGACAACAACUUCAAAGCUCGACAAGCCUGCGAGCGUCGUGAAAAGUCUCGUAUCGCAGCUAAACAACGUAGGCAUCGUGAAAACCAAGCUCUGGUUGAACUUUACUUGGCUCUCCCGAUUCAACAAAAUCUGGCUGCAGAUGUUCUGAGAAACAAAUGUCAGAAGAUGACGCAUUCUGAAUUAGAAGAUCAUGAGCAAAUAUCGGAAAGUUUAUCAAGAGGUGGUUCCUUAAGUGUCAACAAUGAACUUAGCUUUGCUCCGACCUAUCGCCUUGCUGCAACCAUAUUCAGACAACACAAUUUGUCUACACCAGUGCUAGAAAAGGCCGUUAUUGUGCGCAUAGCUAGUAAUGCUUUGUGCAUGUACAACUGGCUUCAUCCGCUAUUUGAAUCAGAUGUGAAUAUCAAAUUGCAACGUAAAUUACCACUAUUAGAUUAUCAGUCGGCAGAGUCAGAUUCAUCCUUGUCUUCAAUUGACUUAUCCCACUGUUAUACGUCUGUUGGUGAUGGUGAUACUAUUCUACCAACAGUUGUUACACCUAAUUUUAACGCAAAUAUUACUGGUACUGAUAAUAAUACCGUUACAAAGACUACAUUGAGCGUGCAUUCAAAAUCGUUGAUGGCGAUAAUUGUUGAUACUACAGAAAAUACUAUUGUCUACUCCCCACCAGCGUAUACCGAUUUGAUUGGUUUGUCAUGGGUUACUACAAUUGGUCUGAAAUUAAGUGAAUUAGUCGCUAGACAAACAUCGAUUGGAGUUUCUUCAGAAUUAAGAACCCAUCAACAUCAUCGUUCACGUGUUUUGCAAGAUAAUAAGCACACAAUUAUUGAUGAAAACACAAACCGCAAACAAAAAUCUGCAACUGAACACUAUGAUUUCGAAUGUGCUUUAGUAGAUCAAGCAGUGUCGUCUUCAUACUCUUCCACCAAAUCAUUUCAAAAUAACCGGUAUGCACAACAACUAGAAUGUAUAUCUUCUGAUAUGAUUUGGCCAUCAUCAACUGGUAUGACAGAUCGACCGAUGUUACUCAACUCAAUCUUACCGACAACAGUCAAUAAUCUUUCACAUGCAGAGUAUUUGGAUUAUUCAAACAGUGAAACAGAAACGGGAAGUACGCAUCAUUUCCAAGAUCCUAAUGCCAAUUUUACUACUACUGGUACUUCUACUACAACUGCUACUGCUACUACUACUAAUACCAAUUCAGCAACUAUUAAACGUACAAUGGAUCAGUAUGCUAUUUGCUGGAAUAGUUCAAUGACGUGCUUGAAUGAAUCGCUUUCGUUAUCAAGUGAUGCAACAACAGAGGUAACAUCAUCUUCAUCAUCGGUAUUAUCACUGCCGUUCAUCCCGUCACAAGGGAGUUAUAAGCCUGCUGAUAGAAUUCCCUCGAGUAGCAUUAAGGCCAGUACUGACGGUGCUACUUCAGUGUCCAUCAAUGGUAUUGAUAACUUUCACAAUAACACCAAUAUUACUAAUAAUAAUGGUAGUGAUAUUGAAUUUCCACCAUGCCAAAAUCAAGUUAAGAAGGAUUUAAAUCUUCGAAUCUAUCUGUUGCAACCUAUGUGUUUGAAUAAAGGAAAUAGUAACACAAGUGACUACCUCAAUAAAGACAAUCAUGGAGUGUGUACUAUUAAUAGUAACAAUACUAACCAUAAUAUUUAUAAUACUACAUGUCGCAGUAAAAUUAAAGGCAGUUACGACUUCUUAAAGGAUUCAUCAUCUACAGAGCUGAAUAACAAUAAUGGUGUAUAUGAAUACGAGAUGAAUAUGAAAUUUGUUGAUCAACCUACUUGUUAUACGGGACUGUCAGCUUCGUUUAAAACAUACCAUUCUAUGUCAAACCUAAAAUUCUUGGAUAUGGAUCAUAACUUCUUAGCUCUCUCUGGAUAUACAGACGUCAGCCUACUGAAUGUUUCCUUAUUCGAUAUCGUGCAUGUUGAUGAUUUAGCGCAUAUAUCUGAAGCAAUAAACAUGGUUAAUGAAAAUCAACCUGUAAUUACCUCAUUUUAUCGUAUACGUAUGAAAUGCGGGCAGUAUUGUUGGGUUCGUACUCUAAUCUCUUGUUUGAUACAACCACGCUGUCAUCAAUCAAAAUCUCUUGUAUCCACAACUACUGGACACUACGGUCAUCGAACGGUUUCUGAUAAAAAUUUGAACACUUGCAGUAAAUGUUAUCAAUCAUGUGAUGGAUAUUGUUUGAAUACGUCUAUAAACAAUGCCUCAAGUUACUCAGCAUUUGGUGCGGUGGAGAAUUCAUCAGUGAUCAGUGCAAAUUCAAUUUCUGUUAGUUCAAUGAAUUCCGUUAGUGUUGAACAUCCGAAUAGUUUUAAUUUAAACAACAAAUACAACUCAUCGGAUACACUAGUCUGUUAUCACCAGUUCGCCCACUUAUUCCAACACAGUGAUCUAUGUGAAAGUUUGUCGUCCACUCAAGAAUUGUUAUCGAAUUAUGAUCUUAUCAAACAACAACCGGUUUCUAAUCUGAAUAAAUAUGAGCAACUGGAUGUAUACAACCCGAAAUCUGAGUCAGUAUUCACUUUGCACCUGCUGACUAAUCAAGAUUCAAAUGUCAGAACUAGUGACGUGAGAAAUUAUACUAAAUCAAAUUUUCACCAGGAUACAUCCAAUUUUAAUUCAAAGUCGAAUUCAUAUACAACAUCCUUGUUGCAGGAUCCCUUGUCAACGUUUUCUAAUCAAGACGAAAUCUACACAAUCAAAAAAGAUCAAAUGGAAAAUAUGUACGACUGUGUAUCUUAUCCAGGAUAUUCUGGAUCAUCGUCGAGUGAAUCAAGCCUAUUUGACGCAUUAACCUCUCCACCGUCACCACUGAAUGAAAGUAACAACCAAUCGUCUUCGAUUGACUUACUUUCUCAUCAUCAUAAUAACUGCUACCACAACAAUCAAAAGCAACAGCUUUAUACACAAGAAGAAAUCCCCCUGGCUAUGAAAAUAAUUGGAAUGAGUAAUGUGAGUAGUAGUGAUCAAGAGAUUAUCGAUUCAAGUGUAAUCCCAUUGAAAAAUGAAUUAGAUGAUUAUUCACUGGAUCCUCCAUUGAAUCAUUCAGCAGCGGCAUCUUCAUCUGCUGUUAUUUCUACUGCUCCUGUAUCACUGCAUAAACCAUCUGUAUAUCUGAAUGAUAUUUAUUCCAAUAAAUCCAAUUCAACUAGUUCAAGAAGAGCUAUUUCUCCGGCGACGAAUACUACUGUUAAUGACAAUAUGAAUUGCAUGACUAGUCAUCCAAUGGGAUUAUCAUCAGUUAAGAACCAGACGUUCCAAGAAAUGCGACGUAAUCCAACAGUUUACUCUUUUGAAGAACCCAUAAACAAUAAAAAUUCAUACGAAUCUAACAUAAUCGACGACGGGCACAUCUCUAAAUUUUCUCAUCAUGAUGCUUACUGCCCAAAUCCUCAUUUCUAUUGUCGUUCUUACGAGUAUGCUAAUGCUAACGUGGCUAUGCAAGAUCCAGCUUCUGAGUCGAAAUUGAAUAAUGCAGAUACUUUUGACUGUUCAAAAGAUGACACCAACCAGUCUCAUCUACUCCCACAAGCCCAAAUCUGUCCAGUGUAUACUGGUGUUGUGUAUAAGGGACCCGAUAGUGUGUAUACGGUUCCUUUGAAGAAGCCUCGUCUAUGUACUUCAGUGAAAAAUACAUCUAGUGAAAAUGAUGACAAUUUCACUAGUGUAAACGAUUGCAGUUAUUUGAAUGAACUUAACUGCAAUUAUUUGGUAAAUAAUAAUAAUAAUCGUUGUAGUGGAUCUAAUAGUAGUCACUUGUUUACUGAACCAUCAACACUUUAUGAUGACUAUUCAUCUGUUAACAAUAGUACUACUAAUAGUCAUGAUGAUAAACAUUUUUCAGAUGGAGAUUAUCACUUUGACUGUUAUGAUCAAUCUUAUUGUUAUAACUACUGUCAACAGAACCCACAACAACACCAUCAACAAUUCACAUUAGGACAACAACAAUAUCCUACUUUUGGUGGUGGUUUUAUGAACAGAACAGUGAUAUACUGACUGAAUGAUAGGUAAAGAAGUAAUAUCGUCAAUUGUAGUGAGGAGUCAUGUAGUCUGUUACCGUUGCACCCUGUCUAUUCUCCCUCUCUCUCUCUCUCUGUCGCUCUGCACAUUUAUUUUCUUUUGAUGAUCACUUGUUCUCUACCGGUUUCUAUUUUUGCAAAUAAAUAGAACACUGAUUUCAUGGAGUUUAUCUUUCACUGACAUUUCAGUUCCUAUCUUCUAUAUGUGAGACAACGAAAUAAAUUAGUCAUUUUUUCUCACUUAUUUACUUAUGUAGUAAUCAUAGUGUUUUUUUGUGUGUGUUUGUCUGUUUGUUGUUGUUGUUUUUUAAUGUCUGAUUAAAUUGAUAGAUUGAUUCAUUGCCAUACUUACUGUUCUUGAAACGAAGGCCAUAAAGUAACAAAGAGAAUAACAAAGAUAACUUUAUUUGGUUUAAUUUUAUUCGCUGUUAUUUGUGUUUUCCCUCCCCUCUUUGUUUUUGUUUUGUUUACUUAUUUAAUUUUUUUUUGUACUGUGAUUAAAAUAAUUUAUUUUGUGAUAGAUAAAAAUAAAUAAACAAAAUCAUGUUUUCUGUAAAGAAGUACAGAUUAGAAAAAUGCAUGAAUGGAACUCAAAAGGCAUGCCAACAAACUAUUUCCCAAUAUAUAUAUAUAUAUACUCUCGCCUUGUUAUUCUCAUCGUCAUUGUUCCCCACUUAUCUACGUCAUCUCUCCUAGCUUAGUUGUCUUUCAUCCCUUUUUUUGUUGUACUCAUUGUGUAGUCAUUGUCAACCGCUUUUAACUGAUGAAAAUGCCUGCCUACUCUACAUUUGAUUUAGUCCACCUGUCCAUCUGUAGUGUUUUUUUUUCAUUUCUUUCUCCUGGUGCUAAAAGCAUUUCCUCCGGUUGCAUACUCUACUCUAAAAUUUUAGGCAUUAUGUUAUCCGUGUUACUUCUGUCUUGGUUUCUCUUGUCUACCAAUUUCUUUUGAAACGCUUUUACUAUCAUUUUAGCUUUUUUUUUUAGUAGGCAACAAAUCCUUUUUUUUGUUCAGUAGAAAUGAUUGCUAUUUUGUAUUCCUUAGAAAAGUUUAACUUGCCCACUAAGAUUCUUGCAAAUACUCCCUCUACUUUGUACUUUUUUUGCCCGAAAAACGAAGAUAUUUUGAGUCCCCUUUGAUUUUAAUCAUUCACAGGAAGAAUUUCCCAAUUCGAACAAUGGCUAUGCUAAAUUUGUCCUAGAGAGAGACUUAUUGAUGAUUAUAGUUGUUAUUUUGCUUCUUUUUUGUCACUUAAUUCUCCUGGUGCUUUUCAUUCUGAUGUGUGCAUGUUGUAUGUGUGUGUGUGUGUGUGUGUGCUGUUAAUGUUUUACGUCUAUUCCCCGAAUUUUGUAUUUGCUAUUAUUGUUAUUGCUUCCUCUUCGCCCACAUGUGCGUGCGUGAUAAGUGAUUGGAUUCAUCUAAAGAUAUCUUACUGCUGUGUAUCUUUCUCUCACCAUUUCUUGAUAAAUCAAUUUAUUAGAUGAUUUGUCUUAUCUCUUGUCAAUAAUCUUAAACACUAUGAAAAUGAACAAAUGAAAAUAGGAAAGAUGCUACACUGCGGCUUACAUCGAUGACGAAAUUCAAAUAUGACCUUGUGCGACAGAAAUACUUAUCAUAUGAUUAACAAUAAAGAUCUAUUCAUUGAUC